AUGGACAUUCACAACUCGAGAGAGGGCACGCAUGGCACGUCCAAAAUGGAUAACAAAAAGGCAAAAGUUAAGAAAAUGCUGCACGGGAAAAAAGUGACAUCCAAGGUGACAUCUAAAGUAGGGUCUAAAGGAGGGUCCAAAGGGGGGACCAAAAGGGGCGCCACACAAAAUAGCCAAGCGAGAACACCAAAAGGGACCCAUUUGAAGAGCGCCCCCAAAGAAAAGUCAAACAUUAAGACAGUCAUUCAUUCUGGUGGUAAAUCUUUCAAAACGAAAAAAAAAAAAUUAAAAAAAAAAUGUGAACAUGUUCAUACGGUAAGUGAUAAUAAUGAUGAGCAUGUGAAGGCUCUUCUUCAUAUACACCAUAGUAGUGACCGUGGUGACACAGAUGAGGAGGGUAAUUCCAUCAGCCUAAACAAUUUUAACGGCACGAAAUAUGUGUCUGCAAAGCUGCUGGGGGGAGACCAUAAUGGGGUGAACUCAUCCCCCAACGAUGAAACAAAAACAAAGGAUCAUUUCCGAAAAAUUGGAGAAAAUUUUAUUAAUUCUGCUUGGUCAAACCACGACCGUAGCAACGAUACGUGUACUAGCCGUAUUAACGUCGACUGCCUGAGCGGUUCUAUGCCAGCCGGUGAAGGGCCUCACGACGUUGAUGAUGACGCAGAUGAUGUGUUUUCUCAAUCUGCGAGUGAAAAAUGCGAAGAUUCACCAAGUGAGAAUCUUCCCCCUCCCCAUGUGCACAAAAUGGAUAAAGUUAAAACCGCUCUGGAAGAAAAACCCUCCGAUAGUGUUAACCACAUAAUUGAACACCCCGACGUUAAACAUAGCUUGUCCUGUACAUCUGAUGAAUGGAACAGUUCGGGUGUAGAGGAAGAUAACACAAGGACGCCGAUUAACAAUAUUGACAACACGAAUGAUGAAAUGGAGGAGUGUAGAACGGAGUCAAUUGCUGGGGGAAUUUCGCAAGGUGGUGGUAGUGAUGAUGGAGGGGGACACCCAGAGGGAGAGGUAAUAAGAGGUGAUGAAAAAACGACAAACAAGAGCAACUUAAAUGAACCGCUUAUGGAGGAACGAAACGAAGUAGAUCCCCACGAGGGUAAAAACGCCUUGGAGGGUAUUGAUGAUAUGGAUGGACUAGAAGAGGGGAAAAUAGGAACAACGAAUGGUGAUUACCAUAUAGAGGAGGACAGGGGCGAAAUGGAAAACCCUACAAGUGAGGAAAAGUUCAAUGCCGUUCGUUCCGAAGAGGGAGAUGACAGCCAAUCGUCACCUGGCGGAGUUUUGGGUCAACAAGUCAAUGAUGAGAUGAGUGUAGCUGGCGAUGUGCAGCAGCAGGGGGAAGUUGCAAAAAGCCACGAUGAAAAUGGUCACAAUGAAGAGACCCAAUGUGAGGACUACCAAGGAGAACGCCGCCAAGUGGAAAAUUACCCAUUGGACUGCCGCCCAAACGAGCCGGAUGCACCUCCAAUCACCCCUCAGGAAGAGAAGUUCGACUGGCGAAAGAUUCUAAACUGCAACAUAGACACGUCCAACGGGGGACAAGGAGAAAUGGAAAAACUAAAUCUACUAAUUAACUUCCGAGAUAGUGCCGAGAAGUACCUGCAAAGUUACAUAAACUCGUUCCUAAACGACUUCUUCCUCAUGUCAUCCUAUCUGCCCUACUUACACUACUACGACCAGGAUGCAUACGAAAAAAAGGAAAUGAACUUUUUAAAAAUGGUGACCCAUUUUAUGGAUCAUUUUCACUGCAAUAAAAAAAUGAGCAAACAAAUACGAGACUUUAAAAACGAUUUUGUAAAUUCUCCAAUAAAUGAAAAAAUAAAAUAUGUCGAUAAGUUUCCAUUUUUAAAAUUGUCCGAAAUGUGCACAGACAGAGUAAAGUGCCAAUUUCUGAAGAUUUUUAUGUUGAAGGAAAAAUGGGUCGAAAAUAAUUUUCUCCAAAUUGGGUUGAACAACGAACUUGGCCCACCGGUAGAGCAGCAACAGCAGCAGGAUGAUGAUGGCGAGGUGGAGGAGAGACAGGAUGCCAAGACCUCGCUUGAAAAGCCACCCCUGAAGGAACCUAUAAAAGAGGAAGGAUAUCUUUUCCGCAGUGUUAAGGAGAGGAGUCCAAACGGGCGAGGGCAAAUGAGUUACAACCAAAUGGGUGAAAAAUUUAACAAUGAUAUUUUCUGCGAACAAAUUUUAUCUGCUCCCUUUCUAAAACAAGGGAACAUUUCUAAUAGUGACUUUACCAUGACAAUGAAAACGAUGGUGCACUCGUCAGAUGAUCGAGGAAGGAAGUUCCUCCAAUUAAGUGACGAGAAAAAAAUGGAACAUCCUAGUUGGUCCUACCCACCGCACAGCAAACAUUCCAUCCGGAAGCGUCUAAACAAUGUUGUCAGAAACAAACUGUUCAAUGUGCUUCAUUUGAGUGAUGCGAAAUAUAGGGAAAAAAUUCACGUAAAGAAUGAGGACCGGCGUAUUAUGAACAAUAUUUCUUUUUAUAAAAAUAAAAUAAACAGGUUGUAUGCCUAUCUCAUGUUUUGCACGCUUAUGGGACACUCCCCGAAUUUUGAGCAGCCGAAUAUAUCGUGGAACGGGGGCUCCAAUAUGAGGGGAGACCCUAGAGAAGACCUCCAAGGGGAAGUAACCGCCCGAAAUAGAGAUACCCUCGGUAGUAGUUCCAACGAAGUACACACAAAAAAUGUGCUCAACGAAAAGGAUAGUGAAUCCCCAAACAGAUUCAUCAGUUUUUACAAUUUAAUAAAAAUUUCCAACGAAUUUGUAAAAAAUAAUGGUAGUUCUAAUAAGGGGGGUGAGGAGAAAAAUAAAAUCCCACGCAAUUAUGAUCGAGAGAGUCUAUCAAAAGAUAUGGACAUCCUUACGAGAAUUUUUUUGCAAGACGGGGCAUAUAAUAGUGCACCGCGUGAUGUCGGACAGAAUGGAAAAAUAUCAUAUAUCUCCACACUGUCUAGUAAGGCCAACAUGUUGAGUAGUUCGGUCGAAUGGGGGAUGAAAAAUUCGGAACUCCACAAUGGGAAGGGUGCAUUGGAGGGAUUAACCGAUGGGGCCGUGUGUAUUCCACACGUAAGGAGCAAAUUGGACGAAACGGGCAAUGAGACCCUCGAUAAAUGGGAAGAGGUCAGCGGGGGGAAAAGACUCACCUCAGGUUUGAGCGCAGAUGACCAUGUGAAUCGCAUCGCAGAGAGUAGGACGGAGCCAAGACCAGAUGAACGACAUGACCUCCAUCUCCCUGUAAAUAAGGGAAAAACGGAUGGCAGCAAAUUUCAGUUAUCACCCGAUUUACAAUUCCUAUACGAUGCGUACAACAACGGAGAACAAAUUAUCGUGGUUAAGAAUAAAAAAAAAGUGUUGCAUAAUUUGGGCAAGUGCACAAAAUUUGCCCGUCUGUCAAAGCGAUCACUGUUCCAUGCUAAUGACAGUGGGCAGAAUGGGAUCGGCCCUUCGAAGGGAACUCCAUCCACUGGGUACAAGAGCCAAAUGGGCUACGUGAGGAAUACAAACGGGGUGAACUUUCCCAAUUCAAAUUCUUCUGAUAUGGCAUAUUCGUACUAUGGACAAACAUCUUAUGAUAGUAACGUAGCAUUUUCGCAGAACGCCUUCUUUCGCCAGAGGUACGGAGAAGGCACAGAUAGGGGAUACACUAAGGGGUCAUUCCGUGCAACCAGUGGGAACUACACCCUUAACAGUAAUCACAACGUGCUCAUGAAUCAUACGAUCGACCAUUUGAGUAAAUUCGAUAAACUACAAAAUAGGGUAAACUGUGUAGACAGUAACAACACCCUGGGGAAUAACUCCAGUGGGGAAUUUACAAAAUGUAGAAAUUUGACAAACGGUUUAAUCACCCCUCAGUAUGUACCUAAUGCUGUGAACUACAUUAAUGGAAUAAAUUCAAGUGUGCAGAAUUGCUCAAAAGGGAAUUUAAAAGGUAUAGGUUAUUAUGCGAACGGGAAUAACAUCAGUGGUAGUAGCUCUUUUUCCCCCACGCCGCCAACACAACAACCAUUCAGUAACUACCUAACUGGGUCGACCAACUAUGUGAACCAGUUUGAUAAUUCCUAUCAGAACAUAUACAACCAAAUGGGGAACACGAAACCAUUUUUAUCUGAACAAAUGGAAAGGGAAAGAAGUACCUUAAUUAACCAAAAUGGAUACCCACAUUUUGCACUGACGAAUAAUUAUUUUUCGGAUGCUACUAAUUCUUUCACACAAAAUGGACAAAGCGGUGGUAACAACUGUGGGAGCUACUACAAUACGCAUGGCAACCUGAGUUAUACUCAUCCAAGCGAACAAAAAGACGCUAAUAAUGUAGCCAGGGGGACGCUGCACACAAAUGGAAGCAAACAAAUGGAUCAAACGUGUGUAGAUUUACAAAACGGAACCAGCGGCAACCAUUUUGAAUGUGUCACUGAGGAUGGCACUUAUUCUGCGAACCCUCAGGACAAGCGCAGUAGUGAAGAAAUGGUGGAUAAGGAUAAUGAUGUGGACACAAUGGGCAAAGUUAAUCAUCUGGAGGGAGAUAAAAACGGCUACCUUAACGACGUAAGAAGCAACGAUUUAAAUUGCACACAGAGAAGUAGCACCACCAGUUGGGAAUGCAAAGGAGGAGAUUAUCACAAGGAGGACACUGUGAAGAGUUACCCCCCCGGAGGAAUGAACGAACUGUUGGGUGAGGGGAGCCAACAUGUGGUCAACACGGAUGUAGCUGCAAACCAUGAACAAUGCCAUGGAAAUGACCCGAAUGGGGACGAACAAGGGAAUGACAUAACUGCGACAGGUGAAGAUCAUCCUAACAGGGAUGUAAAAAAGAGCAGUGACCAUAAAAACGAAUACAGUCAUGAUAAAGUGGAGGCAGAAAAAGAGUCCCCCUUGGAAUCGAAUAAUAAUUCUUCACAAAAUAGUGGCCCAGACGUGAGCAGGUCAUCGCCAGAGGAGGAAAACACGCGUGAGAAGAACCAACGGGGGGAUAACUCACCCUCGACGGAAGGUACAAAUUUGCAUGUUGAUACCCAUACAGAGGGUACCAUUAACGGGGACAACCACGAUGGUAGUGCUUACCCGACCCCCGCAGAUGUGGAUGCUCAUAUAGAUUCUCCCCACCAGUCAAGCAAUAGUGUAACCCCCCUUCUUCCAAAAAAGGACCCCUCACAUGAAGAUAACACAACGAGUGAGCAACUUGCCGAUCCUUUCAAAACGUCAGGCAAAAAUGACGAGGAUGCAUGUAGCAUAAAUGUGCAGAAUCAACCCCGUAAUAACAACCCCUGUGGCAGCAUUGGCAACUUGGACAUGGGCAUUCACUCGGUAGAAGGAAAUACGGACAACACAUACAAUAGUGGUAGUGCUCCAUUUGGAGGGAACGGGGACGAGAAAUCAAUAAAUUUUAACGACACACUUUCCUCUUUUAAUGUAAAUGAAAUGGGAGCCCCGAUGGAUGGUACACAUAUUGGGGAUAAUGUGAGGAGUAGCGUUGGCAUAAACAAAUCUAACCACACGAACAGCAUAGACUUUUCCACAAACAACACAUGCAAUGAAACGAAAUAUAAAAUGACUGAAGAGAUGGUCAACGUGAUCAGACAGACAGAUGCGUAUGCACCCCCCUGUGGACACUACCAACUGAGCAAUGUAGACACCAGCAUGGCAAACGUGUAUAAGCAAUUCAACUUGAACGGAAUAAUGCCGCCCCCAUACCAUAAUGGCAGAAGUAAUAACAUGAAAAAUUACCCAAAUGCAGAAAUGAGGAAUCAUAUAAAUGUGCAUAAUUAUAACAUGAACAAAAAUGAGAACGUCCAAAUGAGGAAUGAAUGUCUGAGCAAUUUGCCAACCCAUUAUGGAUACCUAUACAAUUAUAACACGGGGAAUUAUUUUCUAAAUGGAGCCAAUUGGGUCGGUUUGGAAAAUCGGACAGGUGACAGACCUGUGAGGAAUAAUAUGAACUUUACGAAUUAUAAUGGCACAUUCAAUGAGUACUGUGAUGGGGAUGAAGAAGAGUGGGAUCCACAGCAGGAAGGUCCACAUGAGGAAGGUUCACAUCAGGAGGAUGAUGACCGAAGCGGUGGGUCCUUCCCCUCAUCGAGCAAUUUAAAAAAAAGGGACAAAACGCAAAAGGAGAAGAAAAAUGCCAGUAUGAAUACGAACAAACCGCAACCAUUCGGUUUAAAUGCCAGCAAGAAAAAAAGACUAGGAAACAAUGGACCACCCACAGCCGAAAAAUUAAGCGAAUUGCUACAUGAGAAGAAUUUGUCGGUGCCACAAAUAGCGGCAAUAUACGGCGUGCACAGAACGACUGUGGCACGAUGGUGCCACAAUAGGAAGGUUAUCCAAAAGUCGAAUAACUACCAGGGGAGGAAGAAGUCGUCCUCCACGGUGGGUACCGAGUACACCUAG